GUCUGGGUGUCAUGGCCGCUUGCACGGGUUGCCGCUGUGCCGGGCUGCGGGCUCGGUACAGCUGGCGCCACCCGUUUCUCGGCGCUGUGCGGCGCUGGCUAGGCCCGGGCUCCCGCAUGGCGCCGCUCCUCCAGGCCCGGGGCUUUGGCGGUGACCAGGCGGUGGCCGUGGACUUGCAGGGCAGAAAACUGGAAAUUUCCUCUGGAAAACUAGCAAGAUUUGCUGAUGGAUGUGCUGUAGUGCAGUUAGGUGACACAUCAGUGAUGGUUACAGCAGUCAGUAAAACAAAAUCUUCUGUAUCCCAGUUCAUGCCCCUGGUGGUUGAUUAUCGUCAAAAAGCUGCUGCAGCAGGAAGGAUUCCCACAAACUACCUUAGGAGAGAGCUUGGUACUACUGAUAAAGAAAUUCUUACAAGCAGAGUGAUAGAUCGGUCAAUUAGGCCACUCUUCCCAGAAGGCUACUACUAUGAUACACAGAUCAUUUGUAAUAUUUUAGCAGUAGAUGGUAUCAAUGACCCUGAUGUCCUGGCAAUUAAUGGAGCAUCUGCAGCACUUGCAUUAUCAGAUAUUCCUUGGAAUGGUCCAAUUGGUGCAGUACGGGUAGGAAUUGUUGAUGGGCAGCUUGUUAUUAACCCAACUAGAAAAGAAAUGUCAUCUAGUCUGUUGAACUUAGUGGUUGCUGGAGGCCCUCAAAGUCAGAUAGUCAUGUUGGAAGCAGCAGCUGACAAUGUACUGCAGCAGGACUUGUGCCAUGCCAUCAAAAUUGGGUUGAAGCAUACCCAGCAAAUAAUUCAAAGUAUCCAACACAUGGUGAAAAAACAGGGAACUGGCAAGAGAGCUGUUGAGACUGUAUUUGUUGCUCCAGCAGAAAUUGUGGAAUAUGCAAAAGAACUUGCAUCUGAUAAGCUACGUGAAGUGUUUAAAGAUUUUAACCAUGACAAAAUUUCUCGAGAUGAAGAAAUUAACAAGAUAAGACUUAAAACAGAAGAACAGCUGAGAGAAAAAUUUCCAGAGGCUGAGCCUUAUGCAAUUAUGGAAUCCUUCAGUGUUGUUUCAAAGGAUGUUUUUAGGACCCUUGUUCUGAAUAACUACAUAAGGUGUGAUGGUAGAGACCUGACUUCUCUCAGAAAUAUCAGCUGUGAAGUGAACAUGUUUAAUAUGCUCCAUGGGUCUGCAUUAUUUCAGAGAGGUCAAACUCAGGUUCUCUGUACGGUUACAUUUGAUUCAUUAGAAUCUAGUAUGAAAUCCGAUGUCAUCACAACAGCUAUGAGUGGAAUAAAAGAUAAAAACUUUAUGCUGCAUUAUGAGUUUCCUCCUUAUGCAACUAAUGACAUUGGCAGAGUUACUGGUAUGAACAGAAGAGAACUUGGACACGGUGCUCUUGCAGAGAGAGCUUUGAAGCCAGUUAUUCCCCAAGAUUUCCCAUUCACAAUAAGAGUUACUUCAGAAGUCUUGGAAUCAAAUGGAUCCUCUUCAAUGGCUUCUGUAUGUGGUGGAAGUUUGGCCUUAAUGGAUGCAGGAGUUCCAAUAUCCAGUGCUGUGGCAGGUGUUGCAAUAGGUCUCAUUUCCAAAACUAAUCUUUCGAAUAAUAGAGAAAUUGAGGAUUAUCGUUUGCUGACAGACAUCCUGGGAAUUGAAGAUUACUAUGGCGAUAUGGAUUUCAAAAUGGCUGGUACUAAUAAAGGAAUAACUGCUUUGCAGGCUGAUGUAAAACUACCUGGGAUACCAGUAAAAAUUGUAAUGGAAGCCAUCCAACAGGCCACAGUUGCAAAGAGAGAAAUCUUGAAAAUUAUGAACGAAACAAUUGCAAAACCCAGACCAACAAGAAAACAAAAUGGACCAGUUGUAGAAACUGUUCAUGUCCCAGUGUCAAAAAGAUCAAGAUUUGUUGGCCCAGCUGGUUAUAAUUUAAAAAAGCUGCAGGCUGAAACUGGUAUAACUUUAAGUCAAUUGGAUGAAGAGACCUAUUCUGUGUUUGCUCCAACACCUAAUGCUAUGGAUGAAGCACGAGAGUUUAUCAGUGCUAUUUGCCAAGAUGAUCAGGAGGUUCGUUUGGAAUUUGGAGCUGUCUAUGUAGCCACAAUAGUUGAAAUUAGGGAUAUUGGAGUGAUGGUAAAACUGUAUCCAAACAUGACUCCAGUACUACUACACAAUACACAACUUGAUCAAAGAAAGAUUAACCAUCCCAGUGCUCUAGGAUUACAGGUUGGCCAGGAAAUUAAGGUGAAAUAUUUUGGACGUGAUCCAAGUGAUGGUAGAAUGAGACUUUCCCACAAAGUACUUCAGUUCCCAGCGACACCUGUGGUGAAAACCCUAACUGACAAAAACAGUAUUGUAAUGAGUGGUACAAGUCCACAGUCCUCUAGCUCAUCAUCCUAAUGACUAGCAAAGUCUUGAAACAGUUAUGGAUAUUUCAGUAUACUGUUCUUCUCUGAAAAAUAAACAGAAUAGACAGCUGUUGUGUGAAUGAAAACCUUGUCCCCCACAGGUUUGUACAUUGUACAAAUAAUAUUUUAGUUUUGUAAAAAUGCCAUUUGAUGCCAGUUGAUAUUUAACCAUUCAGAGUAGUUGUCUAUUUUCUUUUCCCGUGUUAUGGUUUCAACAAAAAAAUUAUGUUCACUGUGGUACAGUUAUAAACUAUGUAAAAUUGAAAAGUAAAAAUAACAGUUUUGGGCACUCUAAAUAGUUCAGUAUAUCUGAACUUUCAAAAAAAGACUUAUUGUUUUUUAAAGUUCACUUGAAAUGCCACAGAGGAAUUAUAAAGCCUAUUCUUAAAGCAUUGUUGUAACGAUUGCUGCUUUUUUAAAAAAUUCUAAAACUUUUUAAAAAUAAUUUUAGAGUUUUAACAUGCAUUUGGCUGUACGCUAGGUUUAAUUUUAAGCAUUUGCAGAAAAAAGAUCAUGUGUAUAUUUUCAUAAGUCAACAGAAUAGUAAAAUGAGUGGCUAUAAAAUGUGGAGAAAUCAUGCAGACAUUGGCAAAUAAGAAAAUUAAGUAGCAGUAAAAACUUGCAAUAUUGUCAUUGGCUUAGAAUCUAACUCUAAAUUGGAGGACCUACUUGCUUAUCUUUAAAAAAUGCAAAAAUAAAUUCCAUUCAAAUGCA